GUCCUACAUCAGAAUUAUGUUAAUUAAAUGUGUUGUCUACCCUAGAGUUGUCUAAGUGUAUACCCUGCUGAAUUAUCAAGUAAAAUUCUAUAAACUGUGUGCAUUGGCACAACUGAUUACAGAGGUUACACAAUGUUAUUCAUCAGGCAGCACAUAUAAUAUAUCUGCAAGAAGAUAACAGUCUAUUUGUAAAUCCAAUAUAUUGUGAAGCCAUGACAACUUGUUCUGCCAGUGUAGUUAAUAUUGAACAAGAACUUUGAUCUUGUUGAAGCAUUUCUCUUUCUUCAUUUCAUCCUCUUCAGAAUCAAAGCUCUGCGGCACGACAUUUCAGCACAAUGAAAAAUAUAAAAAACGAAAAGCUGACUUUAAGACGGGAGUUGGGGCUCACCAGUGCUGUCUCUUUGGUUGCAGGCAUCAUGAUAGGUUCAGGAAUUUUUAUGUCUCCACAGUUUGUACUGGUGUACGUUGGGAGUUCAGGGGCGAGCUUGAUCGUCUGGGCAGUGUGUGGUAUAGUAUGCAUGUUUGCUGCUUUCUCAUAUGCUGAGAUGGGAACCAUUAUCAGAGAAUCAGGGGGCAACUACAUCUAUAUCCUGCGAAUUUAUGGACCUUGUCCUGCAUUCUUUGUGGCCUUUACAAACAUGUUUGUGAUGAGGCCAUUUGCGACUAUAGCUGGUUCUCUGAGCUUUGCUAAGUAUGUUGUGGCACCAUUUUACCCAAGCUGUACACCACCCAUACUAGUGGUAAAGUGUAUCGCCGCAGCAUGUAUCUUGGUGAUUGCAACUACCAACAUGCUAAAUGUACGUUUUACCAUGGCGACUCAGGUGGUCUUUAUGGUGGCCAAAUUUGUAGGUCUAAUGAUAAUAGCUAUUGGAGGAAUAGUAACACUUGUACAGGGAAACUAUGGAAGCCUCUCCAAUCUAGAAAGUGCCUUUGCAGACACAAAGCUUGGCAUUAGUACCGUUGGAAUGGCACUAUAUCAGUGCCUGUGGUCGUAUUCUGGGUGGUACAACUUAAACAAUGUUACCGAGGAGCUGAAAAGACCAGAGGUGAACCUGCCACGGGCCCUGAUGAUUGCUAUUCCCAUGGUAACGAUCCUGUACCUGCUAGUCAAUGUCAGUUAUCUGGUAGUUAUGACACCCUCAGAGAUGAUUUCCUCCAGUGCAGUAGCUGUCACUUGGGGGAAUAAAGUAUUAGGAGGAUGGGGCUGGGUGAUGUCCGUUGCUGCAGCAUUCUCAGCCUUUGGUUCUCUAAACGGAUCUUUUUUCAGUGGAGGACGAGUGUGUUACGUAGCAGCAAGAGAGGGACACAUGCCAGACAUCCUGGCCAUGGCUCACAUGCGCAGACGUACUCCCUCUCCAGCCCUCAUUUUCAACACAAUCAUUUCUCUUAUUGUUCUCAUUCCGGGAGACUUCCAGGGCAUAAUCAACUUCUUCAGCUUUACUGCCUGGUUCUUCUAUGGGAUGACAUUAUCAGGUCUUCUGUAUUUAAAAAUCAAGAAACCUGAACUUCCCCGGGCAAUUACGGUACCCAUAAUUAUUCCCAUCCUGGUGUUGCUGGCCGCAGUGUUCCUGGUGCUGGCUCCCAUCAUUGAUGACCCUCAGAUUGAGUACCUCUAUGUGAUCCUCUUCAUAUUGAGCAGCUCUGUGGUUUACAUCCCUUUCAUUCACUUCAAGCUGUUCCCGGGAUUGUUAAAUAAACUCACAGUCUUCCUACAACUUUUCCUAGAGGUGGCACCAACUGCCAAAAACCUGUAAUGCUGGUGGAACAGGACUGUCAGAUUCAUUGCAUUUUAAAUUCAUAAUGUUACAGGCUCUCGCAAUACUAAAUGUAAUAUGCGUGAUAUAUAAAAGAGAAAAAUAAAUUAUUCAAUGACUUCUAAUCUAUGUAAUAUAAUGAUCUAUGUAAUGAUCACUGUUUUACUGGGUGUAAUCUGAAUAAUAAUGUUACAUAAUGUAAGUAACAUAAUGUUAAUUAGUUAAAGGGUUAUUUCACCCAAAAAUGAAAUUUCUGUCAUUAAGUACACAGUUGACGCAGUGCAGCGCUUCCGUGUUCUACGUCAAAACUUUGACUCUGAAUUGGCCGGCUCCUGCAUCAGUAUCACACAUAUUGUGUCACAUGUAUCACAUGUAUUGUGCUGUUCACGUGAUCAGCAUCGGCCAAUACUGAGCUGGCAUUCGGAUGUAAACACAGAAGCACUGCACUGUGUCAACUGGUACAAGAUUGACAGGGGGAAGAAAAAAAAAUUGAAUUUGAAGUUUUGUUUUAGCACAUAAAAAGUAUUCUCAUGGCUU